UCACACAACAAACGAUUCCUUCUCUUUUUGUGGAGGAAAAACAACCGAGAGCUGAAAUAAAAGGCCGAAAGGGAAAAACAGAGUGCUGAGAGAGAACCCACAAAAAAACAAUGGCUCUCAAACUCAGUCUUUUCACCUCUCAACCUCCAAAGCUGCCAUCUUUUGCUCUCCAGCAAAAGUCCACUCUCAGAUCUCCCAAGUUCUUCAUGGCUUCCACCCUCAGCUCUGCCUCUAAGGAGGUUGAGAAUCUCAAGAAGCCCUUUACGCCUCCUCGGGAGGUGCAUGUUCAAGUCACCCACUCCAUGCCACCACAAAAGAUUGAAAUAUUUAAAUCUAUGGAGAAUUGGGCUGAACAGAACAUUUUGGUUCACCUGAAGCCAGUUGAGAAGUGUUGGCAACCACAGGAUUUUCUACCAGAUCCUGCCUCUGAUGGAUUUCAUGAUCAAGUUAAGGAACUACGGGAGAGGGCAAAGGAAAUUCCAGAUGAUUACUUUGUUGCUUUAGUUGGAGAUAUGAUUACAGAAGAAGCUCUUCCCACUUAUCAAACUAUGCUUAAUACCUUAGAUGGAGUUCGGGAUGAAACAGGUGCCAGCCCUACUUCUUGGGGAAUUUGGACUAGGGCAUGGACUGCUGAGGAGAACAGGCAUGGGGACCUACUCAAUAAGUAUCUCUACCUGACUGGACGAGUAGACAUGCGACAAAUUGAGAAGACAAUUCAGUAUUUGAUUGGGUCAGGAAUGGAUCCCCGAACUGAAAAUAGUCCCUACCUUGGUUUCAUCUAUACUUCAUUCCAAGAAAGGGCAACCUUUAUCUCCCAUGGGAACACAGCCAGGCAUGCCAAGGAACAUGGAGACUCAAAAUUGGCACAAAUAUGCGGCACAAUUGCUGCAGAUGAGAAGCGCCAUGAAACUGCCUACACCAAGAUAGUGGAAAAGCUAUUUGAGAUUGAUCCUGAUGGAACUGUCAUGGCAUUUGCCGACAUGAUGAGGAAGAAGAUCUCCAUGCCAGCCCACUUGAUGUAUGAUGGCCGUGAUGAUAACCUUUUUGAGCACUUCUCUGCUGUUGCACAACGGCUGGGUGUCUACACUGCCAGGGACUAUGCCGAUAUAUUGGAGUUUUUGGUGGGCAGAUGGAAUGUGGAAAAAAUGACUGGACUUUCGGCUGAGGGGCGGAAAGCACAGGAUUAUGUUUGUAGGUUACCUCCAAGAAUCAGAAGGCUAGAGGAAAGAGCUCAAGAAAGGGCCAAGGAGGCACCCACUGUUCCAUUCAGUUGGCUUUUUGAUAGAGAAGUGAAGCUCUAAAUGCAUUAUGGAAUAAAAAAAAGGUUUACUCCCCAGCAAAUACCUUCUCACUAAAUCAUAAAUAGAGGUAGAAGUUUUCAAGUUGCAUUUUGUUUCCCUAUUAUAUUCUUCCCUCCUAGUGUGGAGAGAAUUUGUUGGGGGAGUGACUCUGGCUGUAGAUACAGUUGUUUCUUGUGUGGUGUCAUUAGAUAUAUGCAGAGAAGGGCAGCUGUAGUUUUAAUGUUGUGUUCUUUUCAGUGUUAUGUCUUCUAUGAGUCUCUGUUCCUCCAUAGUUUUUAGUUUGUUCCGAGUGUAAGAAAACAAUCUUCAUGGCAAUUUUGAUGAUGAUGGAAAUCUCAAGUACUGCUUUAAGUUGUCCUA